AGGUGGGUGAAGGAAAGAAGUUCUAGAAAAUACAUCUUUUGUUUUGAUGUUUUUUAUUAGAAUAUCAAGGACACAGAAUGGCAUGUUAUUGUAAUCUAUGAUGCUAGAGAUAGAGUGCAGGAGGUAAGGCACUUGCCUUCUAUGUGGCUGUGGUGGCUGCGACCCUGGUUCAAGUCCUCAGCACCACAUUGUUCUCUGAACAUUGCAAGGGAGGGCCUGAAGUGCCCCUGUAUCCCAAUGAUAUUUUUAAUGUAGUUCCGUUUAUAUGUGGAAAUAUAUUCCCUGCUCAUACUUGGGAAAGUAUAUUAAAACAAAGAAUUAUUUUCACCUUAAUUUUAGAAAAGCAAUACUCACUGUCACUUUGAAUCAAAAAUUAAUUUUGAGGUGACAGCCAGCCAUCUUGAGUGGUUUUGUAAAAGUGGUGCUAAUGUGUAUGAUUCUGAAAUUUUCUUUUUCUCCCUUUCCCCUAACAUUUGCUUUUUCUUUCACUGUUGUCAGUCAUAACACACUGCUCUUGAAUCUCUCAGCUGGUCUUGACUCAUGAAUUACUUAUGCUUUCACUCUUUUUUAAUAAAUACAUUAAUUGCAAGUAGUGAAUUGAAAACAAGACAAAAGAAAUCGACCAUUAGUGAUUGGACAGUUUCUUACUUUGUGUUACAUUUAACUGUUCUUUUGACAGCCCAGUUUUUAAAGCCAGGAUAAUAUUGGACAUCGCUUACUCCAGAAACAUGGGUGGAAGCUGGGCCAGGGAUUGGGAAAAUCUCUUCAGGAGAUUGAAAGAUCUCAAGCAGAGAGAGUUCGCUCGAAAUGUUUCAUCAAGAUCCCGUAAAGAUGAGAAGAAACAGGAAAAAGCUCUUCGACGACUCCAUGAGUUGGCAGAGCAAAGAAAGCAAGCAGAAUGUGCCCCAGGAAGUGGUCCUAUGUUCCGACCAACCACAGUGGCUGUAGAUGAAGAAGGUGGAGAGGAUGAGAAAGAUGAAUCAGCUGCAAACAGUGGUACAGGUGCCACUGCAACUUGUAGCUCAGGACCUGAAUUCUCCACUGAAAAAGGAGGCCUUUUCACAGCAGUACAAGUCACCAGUAGCCCAGGGCUGGCACAGGCUCCUGGGUUAGCCUCUCAAGGUGUCAGCUUUGGCAUUAAGAAUAAUCUAGGGACCCCAUUGCAAAAGCUGGGAGUCUCGUUUUCCUUUGCCAAGAAAGCUCCUGUCAAGCUUGAAUCAAUAGCAUCAGUUUUCAAGGAUCACGCAGAGGAAGGAACCUCUGAUGAUGGAGCAAAAUCUGAUGAGAAGGGUUCUGAUCAAGGAAUUCAGAAAGUAGGAGAUGCUGAUGGAAACAGUAAUCUUGAUGGCAAAAAAGAGGAUGAAGAUCCUCAGGAUGGAGGGUCCCUUGCCUCAACAUUAUCGAAGUUAAAAAAAAUGAAGCGAGAAGAAGGAGCUGGAGCUAUAGAGCCAGAAUAUUACCACUAUAUCCCUCCAGCACACUGCAAGGUAAAACCUAAUUUCCCUUUUCUACUUUUUAUGAGAGCAAGUGAACAAAUGGAAGGUGAUCGUAGUACACAUCCAAAGAGUGCCCUAGAAAACAAAAAAAGCAGUUCUCCCAAACCCAAAGGCUGCAGCAAGGUGGCAACAAGCCAAGGAACUGAAAAGGCAACCAGUGAAGUGUCUGAGCAGCAGGCGGAAGUCAGUGGGACUGAGCCUUCAGAGCCUGGAAGCAAAGCUACCUCCAAGUCAGCAGAGGAUGUCAGUGAGCACAAUUUGGAGAGUCAGAAUGAGAAGGCUUCAGAAACCCCACUGAGUGAAUCUAGCCCUUCUAAAGAAGCCCCUCAGGCCACCCCAGCAGGGAAAGAAAGCCAGGAGGGACCCAAACAUCCUACUGGUCCCUUCUUCCCCGUCUUGAGCAAAGAUGAAAGCACUGCCCUCCAGUGGCCGUCAGAACUGUUGAUCUUCACCAAGGCAGAACCCUCUAUCUCCUACAGUUGUAACCCGUUGUACUUUGACUUUAAACUUUCAAGAAACAAAGAUAACAGAGCAAAAGGGACAGAAAAACCAAAGGAUCCCGGAGGCUCCUCAAAGGAGGACCCUGACACUGGUGAGCCAAAUAAAAGCAAAGAGGGGGAAGAGAGCCAAGAGCAGGCCUCCGAAGGCAGAGUGGACACGCCUGCAUCAGGGUCUACCUGUAGCAUCCUGAAUAAGCAGGACCCGGGGGGCAGCCACGGGUCAGAGACAGAGGACACCGGGAAAAGCCUUCCUGGCAAGAAAGAACGAUCUGGGAAGUCUCACCGACACAAGAAGAAAAAGAAACACAAAAAAUCCAGCAAACACAAAAGGAAACACAAAGCUGACCCAGAGGAGAAAAGCUCAAAGACGGAGUCUGGGGAGAAGUCUAAGAAGCGCAAAAAAAGAAAACGAAAGAAGAACAAGUCAUCAGCCCCAGAUUCCGAACGGGGGCCCAAACCGGAGCCACCUGGAAGUGGUAGCCCUGCACCCCCAAGAAGGCGACGACGGACCCACGAUGAUUCCCAGCGGAGGUCCCUUCCAGCCGAAGAGGGGGGCAGUGGCAAGAAGGACGAAGGGGGUGGGGGCGGGAGCAGCUCGCAAGGUCACAGUGGGAGGAAGCACAAAGGUGAGCCUCCGGCUUCUUCAUGCCAGCGGCGAGCGAGUGCCAAACGCAGCAGCAGAUCCAGCCAUCGGAGUCGGCCGAGUAGUGCGGAGGAGGAUAGUGACGACGCCUCGUUGCGCCAAAAGUCUCCAUCCCAGUACAGUGAGGAGGAGGACGACGAGGAGGAAGACUCGGGAAGCGAGCACUCCAGAAGCCGCUCCCGGUCUGCCCGGAGGCAUCCCUCGCACCGGUCCUCGAGGCGCUCUUACUCCAGUAGCUCUGAUGCGUCUUCAGACCAGAGCUGCUACAGUAGAGAGCGCAGUUACUCCGAUGACAGCUACAGCGACUACAGUGACCGGUCCCGAAGACACUCCAAGCGCUCCCAUGAUUCUGACGACUCCGACUACGCCAGCUCCAAGCACCGGUCCAAGCGGCACAAAUACUCCUCUUCCGACGACGACGACUACAGCCUCAGUUGCAGUCAGUCCCGAAGCCGGUCUCGGAGUCACAGCAGGGAGCGCUCCCGAUCCAGGGGCCGCAGCCGCAGCAGCAGUUGUAGCCGCAGCCGGAGCAAACGGAGAAGCCGCAGCACUACAGCGCACAGCUGGCAGAGGAGCAGGAGCUACAGCAGGGACCGCAGCCGGAGCACCCGGAGCCCUUCCCAGAGGUCGGGCUCCAGGAAGGGAUCCUGGGGCCACGAGAGCCCCGAGGAGAGGCGUUCUGGUCGGCGUGACUUCAUCCGCUCGAAAAUUUACCGUUCCCAGUCUCCCCACUAUUUCCGAUCAGGCCGGGGAGAAAGUUCUGGGAAAAAAGAUGACCUCAGAGGAGAUGAUGGUAAAGGGACGAUUCUCCCUUCGCAGAACAACAGCGGUGCGGGGAGAGCGUCAGAAGGGGACUGCAGCCCAGAAGACAAGAACUCCAUUACUGCCAAACUGCUGCUGGAGAAGAUCCAGUCAAGGAAGGGAGAGAGGAAAUCCAGUGUGAGCGAGGAGGUGCUGGCCACCCCCAAUAAAGCUGGGCUUAAGCUCAAGGACCCCCCACAGGGCUACUUUGGCCCCAAGCUCCCCCCUUCUCUGGGCAAUAAACCUGUCCUACCACUGAUAGGGAAGUUGCCAGCUACCCGAAAGCCCAACACCAAGAAAUGUGAAGAGUCUGGCCUGGAGAGAGCGGAAGAGCAAGAACAGUCCGAGAACGAAGAAGGGCUUCCAGGGAAUAAUGACACCCCAUUUGGACAUCAGUUCCCCUCAGAGGAAACAGCUGGUCCCUUAUCAGACCCAUCCCCAGAAGAGCCAAAGUCUGAAGAAGCAACUGCUGAUCCCGCUGUGGCUACGCUCGGCACCCCAGUGCACUCUGACUGCUAUUCUGGGGACCCCGUUAUCUCCCAGAACUACCUCCCUGACCCCAGUGAUAGGGACACCCUAGAAUCCUUGGAUAGUGGUAGUCAGCCAGGGCCUGUGGAUUCCAGCUUGCUGCCUAUAGCCCCAGACCUCGAACACUUCCCCAGUUAUGCACCUCCCAGCGGCGAGCCAAGUAUUGAGUCCGCUGAUGGGGCUGAGGACUCCUCCCUGGCCCCCCUGGAGAGCCAGCCUAUCACCUUCACACCCGAGGAGAUGGAAAAAUACAGCAAACUCCAGCAGGCCGCACAGCAGCACAUUCAGCAGCAGCUGCUGGCCAAGCAAGUCAAGGCCUUUCCAGCUUCCGCAGCCCUGGCCCCAGCCACGCCCGCCUUGCAGCCCAUUCACAUUCAGCAGCCAGCGACCGCUUCUGCCACUUCCAUCACAACCGUGCAGCAUGCCAUCCUCCAGCACCACGCAGCGGCAGCCGCCGCCGCCAUUGGCAUCCACUCUCACCCGCAUCCUCAGCCUCUCGCCCAAGUACACCAUAUCCCCCAGCCACACCUGACUCCCAUUUCCUUAUCCCACCUCACUCACUCCAUCAUCCCUGGCCACCCUGCCACCUUUCUUGCCAGCCAUCCUAUCCACAUCAUUCCUGCCUCCGCGAUCCAUCCCGGGCCCUUUGCCUUCCACCCUGUGCCACAUGCCGCACUCUACCCUACUCUUCUUGCUCCACGGCCUGCUGCAGCAGCUGCCACUGCUCUCCACCUCCACCCACUGCUUCACCCCAUCUUCUCAGGUCAGGACCUGCAGCACCCCCCCAGCCAUGGCACAUGAGUUGGGGGAAGGGAGCUCAGUUAGGCCCAUGAAGAUGACCCAGAUCUUUCCUUUAGGGGUGUGGAGCCAUGAAUACCAGCAAGUAGAAGCUGGGUGGGCAUGUCUGACAGCCAAAGAAUCUAUAAUUUUGGCUUGUGGGGUGUUUUAGAUUUUGAGGUUUGCUUUGGGUUGACUAUCAGGGAUUUCCCCCCUUCCCCACCUCCCCCCUCAUCUCUCCCUCUCCUGUGUUUCUAAGCUUGGGAACACACCAGUGAGUGCUACCCAGCCCUCUGCAGCAACAGCUCCCACCCUCCAGGUUAGGUAGUGCCC